AUGAGCAUCUCACUACCCUACCGACCUGCUGAUGAUUCCACCCUCUCGCUUGCGGCCACGACCAAUCCUUCCAAGGCCAAUGGCCAUCCCCGCCUAUCCCCUUCCCCUUCCAUCAUCCACCGGCGCACCCCCAGUAGUUCGGGGAACUCGGCGCGCCGUCGCUCGCUGGGCCAAGGUCCCUCUACUCUUUACCCCAGACCGCGACGAUGCAAAUCGCAAUACCCCCGAGAUUCGCCCGAGCGACAUGUCGAGUACAUCCUUGUGGCCUCGUUCCACAUCGACCGCGGCCCGAUCAUGGAGCAUCAGUAUCCCGCCGCAAUCAGUGGCGACGAGAGUAUGCUAGCGGAACUGAUGCUUCCCGAUCAGACGCACGUUCGGAGUCAGGACUGGACGAUCUUCUUCUUGCACAAGGACACAAGCGCGGAUGCCGACGAGGACGACGCUAGUACUGGCAAGAAAAAGAAGAAAAAGAAGUCCCGGAUAGGGGACGCGGAGAGCGGCGACGGGGACAGCGAAGAUGUAGGCGGGUCAACCGAAGAGGAGAGCAGCGACGAAGAAGAGGGUGGCGAGGGGCCACCCUUGAUGUAUGUGCUCAACCUUGUAAAUACGAAGCAAGAUACUUCCGUCAAACGUGGUGCAGUCGUCAAAGCCAUGGCGAUUUGUACGCGACAUUCUUUCCUACAUAUAUAUAAACCUUUACUUCUCUUGGCCCUGGAGGAUUACUUCAAGAACCCCUACCCGGAGACGCUCGCAUCGUUAUACGAUGCCGUGAACGCCAUGGACCUGUCGUUAAUGCCGAGGCUAUCGCUUUUAGAACGACUGAUCUUGCAGGCAAGCAACUGUAAGGAUAUGUUCAUUGAGAAAUUCGAGCAGAUGAUCCACCAGCGACAAGUUGAAGAUGGCGGGCCUUUUGACGAAGAGCCCCCGUCCCCGAAAAGGCCAGCCGCCCCUCGAUACACGCUACCCCGAGAUACCCACGAGUUUGAGUCUAAGAUCGUCUACAACGACAUUCCUAUUCCUGUCAAGGUGCCGACGGUCAUUUGGCCGGAGGUUGUGGGCGACUUUUCCCUCAUCAAGCUCAUCCAGAUCUUUUCUACUCCGCAUGCGGCCUCGCCACAGCCGUUUCCCAUCCAUCCCCACCUCACUACGAGCGGGCCCUUUACCCAUCCGAUCAUUGUCCUCGUCAACGCCAUGUUGACUCAGAAGCGAGUGAUAUUCCUGGGGCAUAAUCGCCCUUCAGGCGAAGUGGCAGAGGCAGUGUUGGCGGCGUGCGCCCUUGCGUCGGGCGGCAUAUUGCGCGGGUUCACCAGACACGCAUUCCCGUACACCGAUUUGACGAAGAUCGAUGACCUGCUGAGGGUCCCUGGUUUCAUUGCUGGCGUCACAAAUCCUACCUUUGCCAACCAUCCCGAAUGGUGGGAUGUGCUCUGCGAUUUGCCCACGGGCCGAAUGAAGAUCAGCAGCCACAUUGAGCCGGCCCCAGUCACCGAAGGACUCUUGUAUUUCCAGCAACAAGCCGCCAUGCACCACCACCCACCGCCGAGUAACAAUGCAGAUCCCAGUGGGGACAAUGUCUUUAUGGAGGAGGUUCAGCGCAGCAUCACCAACCGAUACGGCGAGAAUGCCAUCCGGGCGAAGUGGCGCGCCUAUAUUGCCAAGUUCACCCGGGUUGCUGCAGCCUUCGAGGAGACAGUCUAUGGGGCAUCCAAUCUUUACGUUAUCGGACCCAACGAAGAGCUUUCGCCCGAAAGUCCAAGCGGCCUUCAGGCGGAUCCACUCGAUCCGACAACACUCCGUGGACACGGUUAUGUGUGGCCGGACGAGGGGUCCAAGCAACGCGAGCUGAUGGCGUCGGUGGCGCGGAUUGAAGGCUGGCGGACGACGCGAUCGUAUUAUUCCUUUAUUCAAGAUAUUGCAGCCAUGUAUUAUCCCUCACGGCCGAUUCAGAAGCCGGACCUACAUCAUCACCAUGACCGGCUGCGGGCGCUGAGGCUCCCGCCGGCCGAUGCGGGGGCGAUCUACAUUUCGUUUGCACACGCGGUCAAAGACUACGCAGGCAUCUGCCAACUCUUGACCGUGACUCCGGAGAACCAGGCGGGACUCUUCUACCUCGGCAUGGGAUUGUUCCAUCCGCACCAGCCAGUGCGCGAGGCGGCGGUCGAUCUCCUAGAGCGCAUUGCGGCGCAUCCGGCGGGACGACACUUUUGGGCGCAGCUCAACCGGUUCACCAAGCUGGCCUUCUUCCGGAUUAAGCGGGAGAGAGACGCAUCGACACAGAGCCCAGCGUCAGGCUUGGGGAAUGAGAGCUUCGGGCCCCAAAGCCUGGUAGGGGUAGCGCUGGGCGACAGUUUCCGACGGAGUUAG